AUGGCGACGCGGGUCCCUCUCGGAUCUGAUGCCAAUUCAAACCGCAUUUUCAUUGAUCUUACGAAUAGCGAUGAUAAAGAGAUUCCGGUACCAAUCCCAUUCGUGACCACAUUGGCACAUAGAUCACCGGCUAAGGUCUCAAAGGUUGUUCCUUCAAAGAGAGGUCUAGAACCAUCCGAUGGACUGUCAGAUGCCUCUAGUGACGAGCCCGUUAGGGCUGGACAUACCCGGAGACCACGUUUCUCCCAUUCUCAGAACGUGACACCAACCCCAUCUCUGCCAACCGUUAGCGUUGUCAUUCCCUCGCCAACCACGCACCAGCGACGCCAAAUUGCGUUAGCUUCUACGGUUGAUUCCCCGUAUGUCAAUGGCAUGUCUAAACAUUACUUUCCAACCAACGACGAAGAAAUGAGAGUAGCAAAGGCAAACUAUCCUUUUCAUCGAACACGUGAAGGACGCCCGAUUGACCGCAAAAACGUCUCUUUACACUUCAGAACGGGAUCGGCGUCUCCGUUGAGAUUGGAAUCGACCGCAGAUGACCACCAUCUUGCAAAACUGCGUCAUAAGCUCCAAGAAAAGCUUGAUGGUAUUGAAGGGCCUUCCAUCCUACCUGUGGUGUCGUGUCCGAAGCUUCUCGCCAAGUUAGCUGAUAACUUCGUUUUCAUUAACGAGUACCAAUACCGUCCGGGUGUGGAGCCUCUCUCGGAAGACUUCAUCUGUGGCUGCACUUGUAUUGGUGGGUGUGAACCAGCCCAAUGUGAUUGCAUUGCCCAGGAAGAGGAGACCGAGGGCCUUAUUGUUCCUUAUAAAAGGUGUGAUAAGAACCCCAGGCUCUAUGUCAUUACUGAAGAGUUCUUGCAUCGCAAAUCCAUGAUCUUCGAGUGCACACCCAGCUGCAAUUGCCAAGGCUCGCGGUGUUGGAACCACGUCGUCCAAAGAGGAAGGACUGUCAGGUUGGAAAUCUUUGAUACUGGUUCUCGGGGCUUUGGUCUCCGUUCCCCAGACCCCAUCUAUGCCGGCCAAUUUAUCGACCAUUACCUCGGCGAAGUGAUCACAAAAGCCGAUGCUGACGCACGAGAAGCUCUAUCCGAAGGCAAUGACGGGCAGUCCUACUUAUUCGAUCUGGACUGGUGGGUCGGAUACGAAGACGUCAACGAAGAGACCAUGAACGUGAUUGACGGACGCAAAUUCGGCUCCGCGUCCCGAUUCAUGAACCACUCCUGCAACCCCAACUGCAAGAUCGUGGCCGUGUCCACGAAAAACCAUAGCGACAAGCGGCUCUACAACCUUGCCUUUUUCGCCUAUCGCGACAUUCCACCAGGUACCGAAUUCACCUUUGACUACAAUGCCGGAACAGAGAAUACAACCCCGCAGAGAAUCGAUCCCGACGCCGUUCCCUGCCUCUGUGGGGAGAGCAACUGUCGUGGCCAGUUGUGGCCUAAUAAACGCAAGGGCAGGGGUGUCUAA